UCUCCCAUCAUGCACCAAAGCAUUCAAAACGAGGCUGUUUUCCUCACCUCUGAUUGGUCAGUUCGAAUUGUCUAUUUAGUCUCUGGACAAGCUUUGGGCCUUGUCGAUCGUCGCAGCACGAAAAAUAGCCAAUUUUACCCGUAGACCGUAAACUUCUGGCAUUUUCUCACUGUGGUAGUAUGUCCGGGAGUUCCAACGUGGAGAACCUGUCACCUCAGAUUAUCCGGCAGGUGGCAAAGGAAGUUCUUGACCUCGCUAACCACCCGCCUGAGGGGGUGAAGGUGUUUCCUAAUGAGCAGGACAUCACAGAUGUACAGGCCACUAUCGAGGGCCCGGGGGGAACUCCAUAUGAAGGUGGCCAGUUCAAAAUUAAAUUGUCCCUUGGGAAGGACUUUCCCCAGACUCCUCCCAAGGGAUUCUUCUUGACCAAGAUUUUCCACCCCAACGUUGCCAAGAAUGGAGAGAUUUGUGUGAACACGCUGAAGAAAGACUGGAAAGCCGAUCUCGGCCUCAAACACAUCCUCCUUACCAUCAAGUGUCUUCUGAUUUAUCCAAACCCUGAAUCCGCCCUGAACGAAGAAGCCGGGAAGCUGCUCUUGGAACAGUACGACAACUACUCUGAAAGAGCGCGAAUGAUGACAGAAAUUCACGCCAAGCCCACGACAAAGACUGCGCCCACAAAAAACGAAGAAACAAAUUGUCCCUCUACCUCAGGAACGCAAUCUACCAGUGAAGGGCCCAUGGCCAAAAAGCAUGCAGGAGACAAAAAUGCAGCAGAGAAAAAGAAGAAAGAGAAAAAGAGAGCACUCAGACGUUUGUAGCACUUAAUAUCCAUGUUGUAUUAGCAUGUCUGCAAUCUGGUUAGGAUUGAAUUUUUUACCAUCCUUUUAGGUAAACAUUCAUCUAUCCUUUUGUACACAAAAUAACAUGACAAAUUUUGGUCAAAACAGAUGUAAUAGAACUCUAAUGGCUAAGUUUACUUUAAUGGGACCUUUACUUAAUAACAUGCAGUUCAGUGAUGUAAAAGAGAAAAAUAAUUCAAUCAUUUUUUUUCAUCAUAAUACAAUUUGUAUAAGUGUUCAAAGGUACAUUCCUUUCCACUUCUCUACAUGAUCAUAUGAACCCCCGUUUUUUUUUAGUUCUUAGGAAUUAUCUGCUCUGCUAUUUCUAGUAUCAUGACAUGAGUAAGGAAAUCAGUGUUACUAGGCAAUUCAUUACAUUUACUGUGUAGGCCCAAAUCAAAAGUAUGUAGAAUGUCUACCAUUUAUGUGUGAAAGUAUUCCCUAUGUUUUUUCCCAAUAGAAUCUGCCUUUUUAAUUUUCCUUUGUACUAUAGAAAGUAGUUAGAUAAACAACUUGUCUAGACUCUACAAACAAUCUUAGAAUUAUGGUUCGGAAGUCUGUGGUGAUACAGAAAUUCAAAUAAAAGUCCAAAAGUUGUUCCA